AUGUCUAUGAUCACUGCGGCGACGUGGGUUCCGCGAGGAAGAGCCGCCCAAUUCCCGCAGAAGUUCGAAAUCUCGGAGGAGGAGUACGACCGCAUCGGAGAGCUUGCGGAUCUCCGUCUGCAGGAUGCGCGGGACGAUUUAGAGGAGGCCAAAGCUGGGGAUGCAAAUGAAGAAGAGGCGGAAGAAGAGGUGGAAAAUCAGGAGCCGACGGGUGAUGCAGGCACAUCGACAAAAGCAAGUGAAGGGGACGAUGACCUCAAGGAGUACAACUUGGAGCAUUACGAUGACGAACCAGACGGAGCAGGCGAUACGAUGGCUAUGUUUGGGAACGUCAAAACACUUGCUUUCCACGAGUCGAACGAGGAGGAUCCGUACAUCACCAUCAAAGACGAGGAUGACCACGACGAUGAGCGGGAGGAGUUACAGAUUCUUCCGAGCGACAAUCUCCUGCUAGCGGCACGAAUAGAGGAUGAUAUGGCUCAUCUCGAGGUGUAUAUCUACGAAGACGAGGCGGACAAUCUAUACGUCCACCACGACCUCAUGCUGCCGGAUAUCCCCUUGGCGGUCGAAUGGAUCAACUACAGGCCUGGCGGCCAAACUGAGAACCCGAAUGCUGGACGAAGCUUUGUGGCAGUGAGUACGAUGGGACCGGAUAUCGAGCUGUGGGACCUCGACGUAGUCGAUGCGAUGCUCCCGGACGUAGUCCUCGGCAAAGGAAAAGAAGACGAGACAACAAAACCGUCGAAGAAGAAGAAGAAGCGACCCAAGCUGUCGAACGACGAAUACCACGUCGAUGCCGUCCUCUCCCUCGCUUCGAAUCGCAGUCAUCCGAAUCUACUCGCCUCCGCCUCCGCAGAUCAGACCAUCAAGCUGUGGGAUCUGAACACGAACACGUGCGCCAAGUCGUAUUCAUACCAUACCGACAAAGUCUGCUCAGUGGCAUGGCAUCCGAAAGAGCCGACCGUGCUGCUUUCCGGGAGCUACGAUCGGACAGUCGUCGCGGCCGACAUGCGCGCCCCUGAAGCCAAAGCGCCGCGAUGGAAGGUGGAAAGCGACGUCGAGAACGUGCGAUGGGACCCGCACUCCGACAGCCAUUUCUACGUCACCACUGAAAACGGCCUGGUGCAUUACCACGACAUCCGCUCCGCCCCAACCGAAACCACCUCGCUCUCCCCCUCCGUCUGGAGCCUCCAAGCCCACGACUCCUCCGUCUCCUCCUUCGACAUCAACCCCAUCAUCCCCGGAUUCCUCGCCACCGGCUCCACCGACAAGCAGGUCAAACUCUGGAACGUCACGUCGGCCGGGCCGAGCAUGGUCGUCUCGCGGGAUCUCGGCGUGGGCCGCGUGUUCGUCACGAGCUUCGCGCCCGAUCAGGAGGUCGGGUUCCGGUUGGCGGUCGCGGGGAGCAAAGGGUCGGUGCAGGUGUGGGAUACGUCGACGAAUGCGGCGGUGCGGAGGAAUUUUGCGGGCAGAGUGGCUGGUAUGGGAGACGGGAGUGAGGAGGUUAAGGAGAGGAUGGUGGGGAGGAAUGAUGUGGAUGAGGAGGACUCCGAUGACGAGAGGGAUGAUCCUAACGGCGGAUCGGAUGGGUACGAGGAUAUGUCGGAGUGA